CUGAUUGGACGACAUGCUGAUCCGUCAUCUUUGUGGGCGGUGCUUGCGGAAUAACAGUUGCAGCUCCAUCUUUGUAGGAUUUGACAGGAGCUUUGACCUGUGUCGAAGAGGACCGAAAGCCCGGGGCUGAAGAAGUACAAGUAGAUUCUCAAUGAAAACAGCAGCUUAGAAACCUGUUUCUGAAACAGAGACAGAGGGCUUUCAUCUUACCAGACAGCAAGACUAUACAUUCACAUGACCCUCAAAAAUGCCUAAUUUCAACGCUCUCCCUGGACUGGUGGAAAUCCAACGGAACUAAUGGGACACACGGGCUUAAUAUAAAUCCUUUUUGGUGAAUGACACUAUAUCAGAAAACCUACCGUGACAGCGAAAGAGAGACACACACGGAAGUGCGGACAUGGCUGACAGAACUGCUCCCAACUGCCACCUGAGACUGGAGUGGGUGUACGGAUACCGGGGACAUCAGUGCCGCAACAACCUGUACUACACCGCCGCCAAGGAAAUAGUCUAUUUUGUCGCCGGUGUGGGAGUUGUGUACAACACCCGGGAGCACAAGCAGAAAUUUUACCUGGGGCACAACGAUGACAUAAUCAGUUUAGCUCUGCAUCCGGAGCGUGUGUUGGUGGCCACAGGACAGGUGGGCAAGGAGCCUUAUAUCUGCGUAUGGGACUCCUACACUGUACAGACUGUGUCCAUCCUCAAGGAUGUGCACACACACGGCGUUGCAUGCCUGGCCUUCGACCUCGAGGGACAGUGUUUGGUGUCCGUGGGUUUGGACUCUAAAAACACAAUCUGUGUGUGGGACUGGAGGAGAGGGAAGGUUCUGGCAGCCGCUCCCGGUCAUACAGACAGGAUAUUUGACAUAUCAUGGGAUUUGUACCAGCCGAGCAAGCUUGUAAGCUGUGGUGUCAAACAUAUCAAGUUUUGGAGCUUAUGCGGUAAUGCUCUCACACCCAAACGUGGUGUUUUUGGCAAAACGGGGGACCUCCAAACCAUUCUCUGCCUUGCCUGCGCCAAGGACGAGGUCACAUAUUCAGGUGCCUUGAAUGGUGACAUCUAUGUGUGGAAAGGGGUCAACCUGAUGAGGACGGUGCAAGGAGCUCAUGGGUCAGGGAUUUUCAGCAUGAAUGUCUGUGAAGAGGGCUUUGCCACCGGGGGCCGAGACGGCUGCGUCCGGCUGUGGGAUCUCAACUUCAAACCAAUUACUGUCAUUGAUCUCAGGGAAACAGACCAAGGAUAUAAAGUAGCUAGAGGUGAAAAUAGCAGAGGGCUGUCUGUGCGCAGCGUGUGCUGGCGAGGAGAUCACAUCCUGGUGGGCACGCAGGACAGCGAAAUUUUCGAGGUGGUGGUCCACGACCGUAACAAGCCCUUCCUCAUCAUGCAGGGUCACUGUGAGGGCGAGCUGUGGGCUCUUGCUGUCCACCCCACCAAGCCUCUUGCCAUGACAGGAAGUGAUGAUCGCUCAGUCAGGUUAUGGAGCCUUAUAGAUCAUGCACUGAUAGCUCGCUGUAACAUGGAGGAGCCUAUCCGCUGUGCAGCCGUGAGCACUGAUGGCAUUCACCUGGCGCUGGGAAUGAAGGAUGGCUCCUUCACCGUUCUCAGAGUCAGAGAUAUGACAGAGGUGGUCCAUAUCAAGGACAGGAAGGAGGCCAUUCAUGAGUUGAAGUAUUCCCCUGAUGGGGCCCACUUGGCUGUUGGCUCUAAUGAUAAUUCAGUGGACAUCUAUGGUGUGGUGCAGAGGUACAAGAAAGUGGGCGAGUGCAUUGGCUCCAGCAGCUUCAUCACACACAUGGACUGGUCCACGGACAGCAAGUACCUGCAGACUAAUGACGGCAGCGGCAGGAGGCUCUUCUAUAGGAUGCCAAGUGGGAAGGAGGUGACCAACAGGGAGGAGCUGAAGCUGGUACAGUGGGCUUCAUGGACGUGCGUGUUGGGCCCUGAGGUUAAUGGAAUAUGGCCCAAGUACUCGGAUAUCAAUGACAUCAACUCUGUGGACGCCAAUUUUAACAAUCAAGUCUUAGUAACAGCUGAUGACUAUGGAUUAGUCAAACUUUUACGAUAUCCAUGUGUAAAAAAAGGUGCAAAAUUUAAAAAGUAUUUAGGUCAUUCAGCCCACAUAACCAACGCCAGAUGGUCACAUGACUACCAGUGGGUCAUAACUAUUGGUGGUGCUGAUCACUCAGUGUUCCAGUGGAAGUUUGUUCCUGAAAGAAAGUCUAAAGAAGUUCUGCAUAUAGCGCCACAAGAGACCUUGGCAGACUCUAACAGUGAAGAGUCUGACUCUGAUCAGUCAGACGUACCUGAGAUGGACUCAGAAAUUGAGCAGGAGACGCAGCACACAUAUCGACGACAGGUUUAUAAAGAAGAUCUACCUCAGCUCAAAGAGCAGUGCAAAGAGAAGCAUCGAGCGAUGGCCAUGAAGAAGAAAGAGCGAGCACCGGGGAGUGGGGUGAAGCUGCACUUCAUUCACGGCUACAGGGGUUAUGAUUGCAGGAGCAACCUGUUCUACACCCAAACCGGGGAGAUAGUCUACCAUGUAGCUGCCAUUGGGGUUGUGUACAACAGACAGCAGAAUACCCAACGUUUCUACAUGGGCCAUGAUGAUGACAUCCUCUGUCUGGCUAUCCACCCCCUGAAGGACUUUGUAGCAACAGGCCAGGUCGGCAGAGAUUCCUCCAUCCACAUAUGGGACACAGAAACAUUAAAACCCAUGUCUGUGUUGAAGGGUUUCCACCAGCUCGGAGUGUGCGCUCUGGACUUUUCUGCGGAUGGCAAGCGGCUGGCCUCGGUGGGCCUGGACGACAAUCACACUAUUGUGCUGUGGGACUGGAAGAAGGGGGAGAAGCUCUCUGCCAUGCGGGGAAGCAAGGACAAAAUAUUUGUUGUCAAAAUAAAUCCCUACCUUCCUGACAAGCUCAUCACAGCUGGUGUGAAACAUAUGAAGUUUUGGCAUAAGGCUGGUGGUGGUCUAAUUGGACGCAAGGGGAACAUGGGGAAGACAGAGACUAUGAUGUGUGCCGUGUACGGCUGGUCAGAGGAGAUGGUGUUUUCAGGCACAUGCACGGGGGACAUUUGCAUCUGGAGGGACAUGUUCCUGAUGAAGACUGUCAAGGCUCAUGACGGCCCUGUAUUCAGUGUGCACGCUCUAGAAAAGGGAUUUGUGACUGGAGGAAAGGAUGGUAUAGUUGCUCUGUGGGACGACACCUUCGAGAGGUGCCUCAAGACCUACGCCAUCAAGAGAGCAGUCCUAGCUCCAGGCUCUAAAGGGUUGCUCUUGGAGGACAACCCUUCCAUACGUGCCAUAUCUCUGGGCCAUGGACACAUCCUGGUGGGGACCAAGAACGGAGAGAUCUUGGAGGUGGACAAGAGUGGCCCCAUCACUCUGCUGGUCCAGGGUCACAUGGAGGGUGAAGUGUGGGGCCUGGCCACUCAUCCCCAUCUCCCUCUCUGUGCCACCGUCAGCGAUGACAAAACCCUGCGCAUAUGGGACCUCUCGCCCAGCCACUGCAUGCUGGCUGUACGCAAGCUCAGAAAAGGCGGCCGUUGCUGCUGCUUCUCCCCUGAUGGCAAAGCGUUGGCGGUGGGCCUGAAUGACGGCAGCUUCCUCAUUGUGAACGCAGACACCCUGGAGGACCUGGUGUCCUUCCACCACCGCAAGGACAUCAUCUCGGAUAUCAGAUUCUCUCCAGGUGCUGGGAAGUACCUUGCAGUAGCAUCAGGGGACACUUUUGUGGAUAUUUACAAUGUAAUGAGCAGCAAACGAGUAGGGGUGUGCAAAGGAUGCCUCAACUACAUUACCCAUCUGGACUGGGACAAGAGAGGAAAACUACUCCAAGUCAACACAGGUGCUAAAGAGCAGUUUUUUUUUGAGGCUCCUCGCGGCAAGAGGCAGACCAUCCCGGCUACAGAGGUGGAGAAGAUCGACUGGAGCACGUGGACGUGUGUCCUGGGAACGUCUGUUGAAGGCAUCUGGCCUUUGGUCAGUGAGGUCACUGAAGUGACCGCUGCCUGCCUUAGUAACGACAGGAAGGUGCUAGCAACAGGAGAUGACUUAGGAUAUGUCAAGCUUUUCAGAUACCCUGUCAAGGGGAUGUAUGCAAAGUUCAAACGAUAUGUGGCCCACAGCACACAUGUUACCAAUGUGCGAUGGACCCACGACGACAGCCUCUUGGUGACAGUCGGUGGGGGCGACACGUGCCUCAUGAUCUGGGCCCAUGAGCCCGAGGGCCACCGGGAAUUCAAACAGUGUGACAGUGAGGAGUCGGACAUCGAGAGUGAGGAUGAUGGAGGUUAUGACAGUGAUGUGACGAGGGAGAAUGAGAUCAAUUACACCAUCAAGGCCUUAUCCACCAACAUGCGACCCAUGACGGGUGUGAAACCCCACUUGCAGCUGAAAGAGCCCUCUGUGGACGAAAGACAAGGGGUGGUCAGAGGGUCAAGGCCUCCUGUCAGCAGGGCGCUGCCACAGCCGGAGAAGCUGCAGACCAACAAUGUGGGCAAAAAGAAGAGACCCAUUGAGGACUUGGUGCUGGAGCUGGUGUUUGGUUACCGUGGCAAUGACUGCCGCAAUAACGUGCACUACCUGAACGAGGGGGCGGACAUCAUCUACCACACGGCCUCGGUCGGCAUCGUGCUCAACUUGACGACCUCCUGCCAAAGUUUCUAUGUAGAACAUAGUGACGACAUUCUGUGCCUGACAAUUAAUCAACAUCCCAAAUUCCCCAACGUGGUGGCAACUGGCCAAGUAGGUGAUACUGGUGACAUGUCAGCCACGUCUCCAUCUAUCCAUGUGUGGGACGCCAUGACCAAGCAGACGGUGUCGGUGUUACGUUGCUUCCACUCUGGUGGGGUUUGCUCUGUCAGCUUUAGUGCCACAGGAAAACUCCUGCUGUCUGUGGGCCUGGACCCUGAACACACUGUCACCAUCUGGAAGUGGCAGGAAGGUGCCAAAGUGGCCAGCCGGAUAGGUCACACCCAGAGAAUCUUUGUGGCUGAAUUUAGGCCGGACUCUGACACACACUUUGUGUCUGUGGGGAUCAAGCAUGUGCGUUUCUGGACGUUAGCUGGUCGAGCUUUGCUCAGCAAAAAAGGUGUGCUGAGUUCCAUAGAGGAUGCCCGCAUGCAGACCAUGCUGUCUGUAGCAUUUGGAGCUAAUAACUUGACAUUUACAGGUACCAUAAGUGGGGAUGUGUGUGUGUGGAAGGAACACAUUCUAGUAAGAAUUGUGGCCAAAGCUCAUACGGGCCCUGUGUUCACCAUGUACACCACACUGAGAGAUGGCCUCAUCGUCACCGGGGGCAAGGAAAGACCGUCAAAGGAGGGAGGCGCUCUGAAGCUCUGGGACCAGGAGCUGAAACGCUGCAGGGCGUUUCGAUUAGAAACUGGACAGAUCAUAGACUGUGUUCGCUCUGUAUGCAGAGGAAAGGGUAAAAUCCUUGUGGGGACCAGGAAUGCAGAGAUCAUUGAAGUAGGAGAGAAGAAUGCGGCGUGCAACAUCUUGGUGAACGGACACAUGGAUGGUCCUAUCUGGGGCUUGGGCACCCAUCCCUCCAGAGACGUAUUUCUGUCUGCGGCAGAGGAUGGCACUGUUCGUCUGUGGGACAUCCCAGAGAAGAAGAUGCUGAAUAAGGUGAACCUGGGCCACCCGGCGCGUACCAUCAGCUACAGUCCUGAAGGAGACAUGGUGGCCAUCGGCAUGAAGAAUGGAGAGUUCAUCAUCCUGCUCGUUGCCUCGCUCAAAAUCUGGGGCAAGAAGAGGGACCGGCGCUCUCCUAUCCAGGAUAUUAGGUUCAGUCCAAAUUCCUGUUACUUGGCCGUAGGCUCUACUGAGAGUGCGGUUGACUUCUACGACCUGACGCUCGGCCCGCAGCUGAACCGCAUCAACUGCUGCAGGGACAUCCCCAGCUUCGUGAUGCAGAUGGACUUUUCCGCUGACAGCACUUACGUCCAGAUAUCCACAGGUGCUUACAAACGACUCGUGUAUGAGGUGCCGUCUGGGAAGCAGGUCACAGAGCAGUCCCAUAUUGACAGGAUUACCUGGGCCACCUGGACAAGUGUCCUUGGGGACGAGGUCGUAGGGAUCUGGUCCCGCAACACUGACAAAGCAGACGUCACCUGUGCCUGUGUGUCCCACUCAGGCCUUAACAUCGCCACAGGCGAUGACUUUGGAAUGGUAAAGCUGUUUGACUUUCCAUGUCCAGAGAAGUUUGCCAAACACAAACGCUUUCUGGGCCAUUCUGCGCACUUGACUAAUGUACGCUUCACAAAUGGAGAUCGCUUUGUUGUUAGUGCUGGUGGAGAUGACAGAAGCCUCUUUGUGUGGAGGUGUGUCCAUGCCCCUCACUGAGGACCACACCUGCCUCAGAAAGUCUGGGUGUCUCACAGCAUGGCUCUCCAGAGAAAAUAUUCUGCUAAAGGAUGCAUUUAAACGAAGAGGAGGACGAGGACAGACCUGGCAGCUUGUAAAUUGAGUGAAAGUGGUGAUCUGACUUACUGCCUCAAAACUAGGUGCAUGCAUAUGUGAAAGGCUCAUUUUCAUCACAGCAUCAGUCCUGAUUGUGAACACAGGUGGAGGGCAUACAGCCCUGCUCUCGCAACAUCGCAUCAUCAUUGAAAAAAAAAAAACACAUCUCUCUAAUACAGUAUGUGCAUAUCAUUUCAGUGAUGGAUUAUUUUUUAAGAAUGAGCGUUAUCUGUGUACAUGUCCCAAAUGGCAGUUUUGCCACUUGGCAGGCCUAUGAAAUUGUGUUUCUGACAAUGCCAUUUUUUAAAAACAUGUAGCAAACUGAAUUAGCCUUAAUCUGAGUGUUCAAUUUAUGAGGGUUUGGAUUCUUUUUGUAUUAUGUUGGUUUUACUUUUUGGAUCAUGUAGUCAUUUGUUCUAUUUUUACUGGUAAUUCCAAAUCCUGUGGCCUUCCUCCUGAAUGUAACAUCCACUGUUAUGUUCUGGAUGUCAGCAUGCCAAAGCAUACUAUGCACUGUACACCUGACCUUGUCACUGUGUUACCCUGAUGGUUCGUUUAUGUGGUUGUGUUGUUGACUGGGUGACCUCAAACCUCCCUCGGCAGUGUUCCCCUCAUGACAUGUUAAACGUGUGCAUACUUGUUUGAGGAUUUGUUUGUGGUUAGUGGGUGUGCAUGGCUUACUGGAAGACAAUCCAUCUGAACCAAAUUCUUCAGAAAACAAAAAAGAACAGCUGUAAAUUGAUGUUUCAAUGCACUGUUGCAAUUCUUUUUGUCAGUUUUCAGUGUGCUGCUAUGAUGUAUUAUUGUUGCAUUUUCAUGAAUAUGAAUGGCGUGACAUUUUUCAACAGUAAGUUCAUGUUUUGUGUAAUCAGAUAUAUUGCUUAAAUGGAAUGUUUUAUCAGAGAGAAAAUAUGAAAAGUGCAAAACAUUUUGCUCCUAACUACAGACUAACUACAAAAAAUUGUUGCUGCAUAUUUUGAUUUACAGUAUACCAGUGUAAAUAUCAUUUGUAUAUAUUCUUUUUGUAUAUUUUUUGUGAGAUGUUUCUUAAAUUCCACUUUAAUAAAAAAAGGCAACCAUGAACUUGAA